UGCGUUGGCGCGGGAAAUGAACGGAGUGUGGACCGCUUGCAGCUGCAGGUCCUGCUUUGUUCGCUGCAGAGCUGCUGCACGGAUUGGAUCCGUUUCUGUUCGUGUGUCACGAGUUUUAAAAGAAAAAAAUGCCUCUCACUCGCUCCAAGAAACUGGCCGCCCAGUCUCCAUCCACCAGGAUGAGCUUGAGGAGCUUCCGCAGCGUCCCGCUAGUCCCCAUUGAGACUUCCUCCUCUUCUUCUUCUGAUGACAGUUGCGACAGUUUUGGCUCCGAUGGAGGCUAUGCAAAUAUGAGGAACAACUUGAGGCAGACGAGGAGAACGGUGGAGAAGCGGAAAGUGUUUGAGGCUACCUCGGAGGAGGACACGUGCAGCGGGUUUGAGGAGAAUGUGAUCAGCAGUCGGAUAAAAGCUAUGAAAGUAGAUGCUGAACCCCCGAGACGUGGCCGCAAGUCCAACACCCUGAAGGUUGCCUUAAAUUUCCCCACCAAAAAGACGAGCAUGAAGAGGCCUGCAUCCGAACCACUGCCUCAGCCUAAAGUGCGAGACUCUGACUCGGAGGAUGAAGAGGAGAACUUCAUGAGCAAAAGAGCCCUGAAUAUUAAGGAGAACAAAGAAAUGCUUGCAAAGCUCAUGGCAGAACUGAACAAAGUGCCUGGACUCUUUCCUGGAAGGCGGAUGUCGUUAACUACGCCCCGACAGGCACCUCGGCGGUCCAUGGGAACCCCAGGAUCCUGCAGGAGAAACCAAGAGCGUUUGUCUCGGCCCCACACACGGUCCCGCUCCCUGGUGGACGGACCUCCCAGCCCACCUCCAGAGGAAGAGCUUGAGGACAAGUUCAGCCUGGUUCGCAAAAGUCGCUUCUAUGAGGAAGUUGACGAACCUCCCCGUCGCCGAUCCUUCACUGGAUGCAAGGCCAUCCCCCAUGUAGUGAGGCCUGUGGAGGACAUCACAGAGAUGGAGCUGCAGCGCAUCUGCCACAAUGUGCGAGAGAAAGUCUACAACAGCUCCACUGGAACCACUUGCCACCAGUGCCGCCAGAAGACAGUCGACACCAAAACUAACUGCCGUAGUCCGGAGUGCGUGGGCGUCAGGGGUCAGUUCUGCGGGCCGUGUCUUCGUAACCGCUAUGGGGAAGAGGUCCGAGAUGCUCUGCUGAAUCCGGAGUGGCAGUGCCCACCAUGCAGAGGGAUCUGUAACUGCAGCUUCUGCCGGGCCCGAGAAGGCCGCUGCGCGACGGGAGUGUUGGUGUACCUGGCCAAAUACCACGGCUUUGACAAUGUGCACGCCUACCUGAAAAGCUUGAGAAAGGAGCUGGAAGAAAGCAGUGAGUGAGACGUGAAUGCGAAGCAGCUUCUGCACCUGACUGACUUGCUCUGUGACCACUUUUUACACACACAGCCAUCACGAUGUUCAUAGCUUUGAAGCGUUGUAGCGCGUUGCAUUUAUUCCGCUGGUUAAUCUGACACUUCAGUGACAGAAGAAGAACAAAGGCUGUUUCUCUUCUGCACAUUUUUCUUGUCUGUUCUCAAGAACUGAGCUUUACAUUAAGGCUAGUUGUUUGUAAGCUAGGGUUGAGCGAAACACUCCAAAUCUGCAAUCUUAACUGUAAGAUGAUUCUUAAAUCCUACAAUGUACAUAUGGCUCGAAUGUAAAGUCUGUUAUUAUAGCUGAAUCAUCAUAUUUGCUGCAGAAAGGCUUGUUUAGAUGAUCUGCUCUGUUUUACAUUGUUUUAAAUGUAAUGAUUUUUGUACUGCAUUCAUUGACUGACCCCCAGUUGCAAAUUUAUGCUUGUUUCUCACCUCUUUUUUUAAAAAAAAGAUGUUUGCUUGGGAUGGCCUGUAGGAAUGGUCCAGUGAUGUGCAUGCCGUGAGUGGGAGGGGGGUGCAGCUGGGAAAAAAACCUAGAGGAACUGUGAGAUAUACUACAGCGCCUGGUUAAAUAUCCUUCAUUAGAUAACUGUCGCUAAUGGUGUGGAAACAAUUAGCACACUCUAAUGGGAAUCUCAUACCUGUAAAUCAUUUUAUCCUGUUAAAGCACAUUCUCGCUUUGCUCCAGUCUCUUUGGCUCAUUUUCUGCCUUACGCAGUUAAGUAGGAAUGGUUGAAGGUGCAGUAGAGUUAUGGCCUGCAUUUUCUGUUCAGAAGUGAUACUCGUAUGCACAAUGAGAUGAAAUUAACCUUUGUGCAGUUCGUCUUUGAAAUGUACUUCAUUUGACCUGGAAAUACUCUAAUUGUGUGAUACUAUUUGACAAAGAAUUAAAGGUUGGAGUUUCCUCACUGUAGGUGGAGGUUAUCUUACUGCUGCUUGGUUAUAAGGCUCUGUACACCUUUGGUGAUGCUUGCUUUGUGUUCAUUGGGUUUCGCUGUACAGUUUCAAUAAAGUGUUGAUUUCUGCAAA